AUGGAGGCUGUUGACCCUGGCUUCGUCGAGGAACUCCAUGCCGACCUGGCGCGCAAAUACAGAACCCACGCCGCCAAGCUCGAGACAGCAUGGCGUUCUUUCGACAAAUCGCAGCGAACACGAUGCUUGAAAGCCGGCGCAGCAAACGGUGACAUCUUGCGACACCCGUUGGAUACGAGCCUUGGCAACGUGUACAAAUUUAUUCCAGAGUGGAAUAUUCGCGACCUUACCGAACCCGACUCAGACCUCCUCUUGGACCUUCUCAAACACCGUGCCACUCUCUCACUGGAGGAGCAAUACUUCCGAGGCUUGGACGGUAGCGACGGCGAUCACGACCAUAUUCUCAUGAUGAUGAGAACCAAACGACUGCGCCACGUCGCUUCUUUCGAGAACUGCUUCACUACGUUCAUGGAUAGCAAAACUUCCCAAUACGGGCGCUCGUUCCGUCUUUUACGCGAUAUCGAUCAAUGUUUGUCGGACCUGGAACCGGCCUUCCGAGCAGGUGUCUGCGUCCCUCAGUCAGUCGGCGAACUCAUUUUGCAGAGGCAAUUGUACAUGCUGCAGUGCCUAAAUAUCGUGGUUGAAGACGUUCUAGAGAUUGGCUCCCGAACCCGGAACCAGAACCAGCGACCAAAGAAAAACAGCAACGACGCAACACUCAGCAGCCUCUCCAAAUUGUCUGUUCAAGAUGUACCCACCAAAGUCGCAAUACCAGAUAUCGCCGCAGACGCCCGCGACCGGAGCGCGACACUCCUAGAACGGGUAGAGAUGUUGUCGGCAGAGCCCGUCGUUCUCGCUUAUUCCACCAACAUGGCUUUCUUCAGCCGCACAGGUCUUGUCCCCGACGAAAAGGGCCGCAGUCUUCCUGUCCACACCGACAAACAUAUCAGCGGCGCCGUUUUCGAAGCCGUUCAUGGCGAGGUUCAAGCCGCGGCAAUUUGGGCCUACAUCACCCGCUUGAUCGAAGCCCUCGAAAUGUCGGACCGCGACAAGAUGUACCGCACCCUCAUCCUGCAGGAUCUUGCAAACGUGUGUCAGUUGGAGUAUGAACGCACGCAGGCUCUGUUCCGGCGUCAUGUCGCCACCGGCGCUGGCCCCAGACGAUUCAAGCGCGUCUCCAAUGCCUACGACAACGCAGGCAACGCCCGUCUCGCCAUGAAGGGCAAGCCCGAAGACCUAACAAGAAGCGAUCCCUUGUUCAGCUAUCUUCUUCGUCUCUGCCAGCCUAGCACUGCACCCUCCAAUGUUACGGGUUGGAUGAAAAAGCUAGGCGAUCUGUACACGGCCCAUCCACCAGAGCGUGAAAGACUGGACGAACGCCAAGCCGACGCGCUCUUCGACCUGGCCGUCAUCGUUGGGCUCGUUCAGGACCUGACAUCUGCUGUUACCCUCCCAUCCUGUUCAAGUAAGAAGGGACGAACGUUCGUCAGAAAAUGGCGAGAGUUGGAGGCAGAGCUGUCAUCUUUGAAACCCGAAAUCGACCUGCGUGACUACGCCGUGCCCAUUGACAAUCUCCUGGAACCUGGGAUGGCCGAGGGAGCUCUCGCAGCCCUUGAGGAGUUCGUAGUGGCUAACACCGGUACAAAGAUCGGUUUUCUCUACCAGGAUCUCAUCAACGAGUGCUUCGCUGACCUCGAAUGUCGAUAUGAGCUAAUGAAGAUCGACAAGGCGAAGAACACACUGCCAGCAGCUUCUAUUGAUUCGACCGUCGUUGAACCCAAAGAGGCCAUGAUUAGUCGUUGGAGGGAAAAGCUGAAGACGCGUCCGUCCCAAGCAUCUACUUACGAGCUGAACCCCCAACAUUCCGUGCCCGCAGAGCAUUCACAGCCUAGCGCAUCAUCGGAGACCAUUCAAGUCAGCGCGUCGACUGCUGACUUCUUUACCAACCUGUUCUCAAAAUCCCAAGCACGGAGAUCGACGACUUGGACAUCGUUCGAGACUGCCAUGGCAGAGCUUGGCUUCUCUGUCUACCCUCGGUACGGGUCCGUGUACACCUUCCGGCCCCCCAUGCAGUUCAAAGUCAAGAGACCUUUGACCAUUCAUCGCCCGCAUCAGUCGCAAAUUGAGGGAUACAGACUUCUUAUCCUUGCACGGCGGUUGAAUCGGACGUACGGAUGGAGUGAGGAAACUUUCAAGCUUCAGUGA